GGGCUCUUUGACUCCUCCGCCAAAAUGAUCAAAGCGCUCUCUUUUCUUCUGCUCCUAGUCGCCUCCGUCUCCACGCCUUCUGAAGCCAAAUUGAGCAUCCUCCGACCCCAACCCGCCGUAGGUUUCAACGUCAGCCAUGUACAGAGUACCGGGACUUGUUCUUAUACUGUGGACAUAACCACGAGCUGUUCGUCAACGAGGUACACAAGGGAUCAAAUCAGUAUUUCAUUCGGAGAUGUUUAUGGCAACCAGAUAUAUGCACCGCGGCUAGAUGAUCCAUCAGCGAAAACGUUUGAGAGUUGUUCUACAGAUACAUUUGAGAUAUAUGGACCAUGCGCAUAUCAAAUCUGUUAUGUGUAUCUUUACAGAACAGGACCUGAUGGUUGGAAACCGGAGAGUGUGAAAAUCUAUAGUCACAAUUCCAGGGCUGUUUCGUUCUACUACAACACCUUCAUUCCCAGUGACAUUUGGUAUGGAUUCAAUUUGUGCCAGAAUGGUUCAUCUUCACACCGGCAAUGUGCUUGUGGAUGGUUUAUAUAUGUUGUAGUUGGGCUUCUUGUGUCGCUUCUCUUGUAGACUUGCUCUUGCCAUCGGUAUAAUGGCUUCUGCAGGUUUUCUAGUCUCUAGUGUUAGUAAUCUAGGAAGAAAAAUUGUCUUUCACCUAUGGAUUUGGUGAUAUACGUUGAUUAGGUUUUAACUGUUAUCCUACAUCUCUACAUUUCAUAUUGACAUUAUAUGAUCUUGCUUCCGAGUACAUACUAUCAUGGUGAAUAUAAGUAGUGGACAUACAAGCAUUAAUCUC